AUGAAUAUACAUCAUGAUCCAACUAAUGUGGAAAAUCAGCCAGUAGAUGUGGAAGAUCCCGAACCCGAAUGUUGUGAAGAAAUGCAGGGUGAUGUGGUUGCUAAGGAAAUGGUCCGAGGAACAGCCGAGAACGGAUAUUCAUGCUUACCAACUUUUUCUUACAUGUUCGAGGCACUUAAUGUUGGUUCUAGUUAUUGUCUCAUGGUAAACGAGGAUAGUCAUAGGUUCAUGUAUUAUUUCUUGGCCUUUGGUGCUUGCAUUAAGGGAUUUGCCCACAUGAGAAAGGUAAUUGCGGUUGAUGGCACUCAUUUACAUGAGAAUGAUGCAUCUUGGACAUUCUUCUUUGAGAAAUUGAAGGAGAUUGUGGUCGAUGAACCAGAUUUGUGUUUUAUCUCCGAUAGGCACAAAAGUAUCGCCACUGGCAUUGUGAACGUUUACAAUCAUGCUCACCGCGGAUAUUGUAUGAGUCACCUCGGUGAAAAUCUCUACAUAAAUCAUCAUUGUGGAGAUUACCUUUAUCUUUACUACAAUGCGGCAAAGGCUUAUUCUUUGGAGGAGUUUGACAAUCAUUUUGUAGAAUUCAAGAACAAAUGCCCCGCUGUAGUCGUCGUCCUUGAGCAUGACAUUGGUUUUGAGAAGUGGAGCAGGGCACAUUUUCCUAGCAAUAGAUAUGAUGUUAUGACCACAUAUAUCGCCGAGUUACUCAAUGAUAUAUUGAUAGACGAAAGAGAGUAUCCCGUGGCAUCUAUAUUUAAUUCGAUUGCUAAGAGGUUUGGAGAAUUGUUUGGGGAGAGGUAUACAUAUAUCCUCAAAUCAAUGGGUAAUCAAAUGGUAUCGGCUGCCGAAAAAAUCCCAAGAAAAAAAUGA